AUGGACUUCAACAACCUCAAGGAUCAGGUCAGCAACCUGACCCUGUAUGAUCUCAAGGCGGGUGUUCGCAAGGUCCAGAAUGCGGUCAUGAAUUAUACGGAAAUGGAGGCCAAGGUCCGGGAGGCCACAAACAAUGAGCCGUGGGGUGCCUCGACGACACUGAUGCAGGAGAUCGCCAACGGAACUCACAGCUACCAAUUACUGAAUGAGAUUAUGCCUAUGAUCUACAGACGAUUCACAGACAAGUCCGCGGAGGAGUGGCGACAGAUCUACAAGAGCCUCCAGCUUUUGGAAUUCCUCGUGAAGAACGGAUCCGAACGCGUGGUUGACGACGCCCGAUCCCAUAUGUCUCUCCUUCGAAUGCUGCGUCAAUUCCACUACAUCGAUCAAAACGGGAAGGAUCAGGGAAUCAACGUGCGCAACCGGUCGUCCGAACUGGUCAAGCUCCUUGGGGAUGUCGACAUGAUCCGCGCAGAGCGCAAGAAGGCCCGGGCCAACCGUAACAAGUUUGGUGGCUUCGAAGGAGGGUCGCACAUGGGCGGGGGUAUGUCGAGUGGCCGCUACGGAGGCUUUGGUAGCGAUAGCAUGUCGUUUGGAGGAUACAGCGGAGGCGUUUUCGGUGACGGUGGCGGCUUCGGAGGGGCUCCCAGCGACUUCCAAGAUUCCGGCCGGCGCAACAACCGGUUCGACGAGUACGAUGAAUAUGACGAAGCCGAUGCAAGCCCCCCGCGGCGAGGCACUAGCCCUCCGCGCGCGCGGCGCGAGACCAAGCCGGAGCCUCCGAAGGCACCCGAACCGGAUCUUUUCGACUUUGGCGAGGAAGAAACCGUCACCACAAGCUCCACGGCUGCUGGGAAGAAACCUGCGGGUAGCAGCAACGGCUUGGAUAUCCUCGACUCUACGCCGGCUGCCGGCGCUGCCGAUGACGACGAAUUUGACGACUUCCAAUCCGCGACUCCCGCACCGGCGGCGCCCACCUCGAACCAGUUUGCUAUCCCCCCGCCAGCUUCCACUGUCAGCACGACCUCGAGCACUCAGUUCGCGGCUCCGAAGCCGGUGUCGGGCACCCAAGGAUCCAACCUGAAUGGUCUUGUUGGAUUUACCUCCAUGACGCCAACCCCGUCGUCGAGCGGCAUGGCUUCCCCUACCCUUUCUCAGAGCUCCAUGAUGGCUCCCCAGCAGCAACAGCAGAAGCCCGCCGCACCGAAGCCCAGCGGUUUCCAGGCGGCCACUCCGAACUACUUCACCUCUGUCUCCGUGGGCAGCCCUCAACCUUCCUCGGCUGGGCGUGUCGAAUCACCGACCCGGGAUGCCGUCCACUUCGUCCUUCACCUCUGCCACCACGACCUCCUCUGUGGGUGCAAAGCCUGCGGCGUCCAAGUCCUCGGGCGAUGCGUUUGGAUCUUUGUGGUCGACGGCCAGUGCCAGCGCGGGACUGCAAAAGUCAUCCUCCAAUGCCAGCAAAGGACCCAACUUGGCGAGCAUAGCCAAGGAAAAAGCCAGCGCCGGCAUCUGGGGCACUCCCGCUACGUCCAGCCUUACGUCUGCUUCUCCAUCGCCGUCAUUGGCGCAGGGCAGCGCAUCUCAGCAAGGGUCCAAGACGGGAAGUUCGGGACUUGA